CUGGCGCGCCUGCGCCCUGCCGCCCCCCCCCCCCCCCUCGCCGUGAGGAGGAGGAGGUGGAGGAGGAGGCGGCUCGGGGAGAGCGAGCAGCGAGCUGGACCGCGGAGCGUGAGUGAGGGAGCCGAGCCGCCUGCCUGCCCGCCCGCCGCCGCCUCCCCUCCGUGAGCAGGAGCCCGGGCCGGGGCCCGGCACGCCGCCCCAGCCCCUCCCUCGUCGUCAGGCCGCGAGGGCAGCGCGCGCGAGCCAGGGGGAGGGAGAGCGAGCGAGCGAGCUAGCGAGCGCCGGGAGGAGGCGGCCGGACCGAGCGAGCGCCCGCGCGUGUGGCGUGAGGGGAAGCCGCUGCCCGCCCCCUUCGCCUUCCCUUCUCUCCCCCUCCCCGCUCCCCCCCCGACCGCGGAGCAGCACCAUGUCGGCGCCGGCGGCCAAAGUCAGUAAAAAGGAGCUCAACUCCAACCACGACGGGGCCGACGAGACCUCAGAAAAAGAACAGCAAGAAGCAAUUGAACAUAUUGAUGAAGUACAAAAUGAAAUAGACAGACUUAAUGAACAAGCCAGUGAGGAGAUUUUGAAAGUAGAACAGAAAUAUAACAAACUCCGCCAACCAUUUUUUCAGAAGAGGUCGGAAUUGAUCGCCAAAAUCCCAAAUUUUUGGGUAACAACAUUUGUCAACCAUCCACAAGUGUCUGCACUGCUUGGGGAGGAGGAUGAAGAGGCCCUGCAUUAUUUGACAAGAGUUGAAGUGACAGAAUUUGAAGAUAUUAAAUCAGGUUACAGAAUAGAUUUUUAUUUUGAUGAAAACCCUUACUUCGAAAAUAAAGUUCUCUCCAAAGAAUUUCAUCUGAAUGAGAGUGGUGAUCCAUCUUCAAAGUCCACUGAAAUCAAAUGGAAAUCUGGAAAGGAUUUGACGAAACGUUCAAGUCAAACGCAGAAUAAAGCCAGCAGGAAGAGACAGCAUGAGGAACCAGAGAGCUUUUUCACCUGGUUUACUGACCAUUCUGAUGCGGGUGCAGAUGAGUUAGGAGAGGUCAUCAAAGACGAUAUUUGGCCCAAUCCUUUACAGUACUACUUGGUUCCUGAUAUGGAUGAUGAAGAAGGGGAAGGAGAAGAAGAUGAUGAUGAUGAUGAAGAAGAAGAAGGAUUGGAAGAUAUUGAUGAAGAAGGAGAUGAGGAUGAAGGUGAAGAAGAUGAAGAUGAUGAUGAGGGGGAGGAAGGAGAGGAGGAUGAAGGAGAAGACGACUGAUGGAUUCCAACCUUCCUUUUUUAAUUUUCUCCAGUCCCUGGGAGCAACUCGCAGUCUUUUUUUUUUUUUCCCCCUCCUCCUCUUGUGCUCAUUCGCCCUGUUUUUUGAAGUCUCUUUUCUCUCCCUUUAUACCAUGGUUCUCAACUUAUUUUGGGGGGAAAUACCUUGAGCAGAAUACAGUGGGAAAAGAAUCUCUACCCCUUUCUGUUCCAAAUUCAUUUUUACCCCUUCCUGUCUCAACAAAAACUUUAUGGAAUCAACACCACCGUGCUCUGUGGGAAAAAAGAAAAACCUUCUGCUCCCUUAGCUCUGCUGGAAGCUGGAGGGUGCUAGGCCCCUGUGUAGUAGUGCAUAGAAUUCUAGCUUUUUUCCUCCUUUCUCUGUAUAUUGGGCUCAGAGAUUACACUGUGUCUCUAUGUGAAUAUGGACAGUUAGCAUUUACCAACAUGUAUCUGUCUACUUUCUCUUGUUUAAAAAAAAGAAAAAAAAACUUAAAAAAAUGGGGUUAUAGAAGGUCAGCAAAGGGUGGGUUUGAGAUGUUUGGGUGGGUUAAGUGGGCAUUUUGACAACAUGGCUUCUCCUUUGGCAUGUUUAAUUGUGAUGUUUAACGGACAUCCUGGCAGUUGAAGAUGACACUUUUAAAAUAAAAUUCUCUCCUAAUGAUGAUUUGAGCCCUGCCACUCGAUGGGAGAAUCAGCAGAACCUGUAGGAUCUUAUCUGGAAUUGACAUUCUCUUGUAAUUUUGUUCCUGUUUAUUUUUAAAUUUUCUUUUUGUUUCACUGGAAAGGAAAGAUGCUCAGUUUUAAACGUUAAAAGUGUACAAGUUGCUUUGUUACAAUAAAACUAAAUGUGUACACAAAGGAUUUUGAUGCUUUUCUCUCAGAACAGGUGUAUUUAAUUAUGAUUUUCCAAGUUUGACUUGUGUAACGUAUUGUCAAACUUUGUCACCCUGACUCCGUAUUUUUUGAUACGCACUUUGCAGGGUGACCUCAGGGCUUGUGUGGACUGAGAAAGGGAUUUGAAUCAAUGUAUUAAUGUCUCCAAAUCCGGGAACCAUCAUGGGUACGAUUUGCCGUCAGUUUCUGAAAUUCUCCACCUCAGUCGGGGUACCAGAUUGCCCAGAAGUCCGUUAUGAUUAUGUUGUGCCCUUGAUUUGUAUCUCGAAUUGGCAUUUUUGAAAACGGGCCUUUAUUUACCUGGAUAUAAUUCUAGUGCCUGCCACCGUCAGACAGACCUGGUGCUCUAAUGCCGAAUUACACACAGGGCAGUUGCUGGCGUGCCUUCAUUGGCACCAUGAAACGUGGCUGAGAAGACAGACUCUCAGACAAGAAGUCCGUACUGGUGGUAAACUCAGGAGUACUUUUGUCUCAAAGUACUAGCUAUUUAGCAUGUAGCUCUCAAGCGAGACCUGUCUGUGUGAAUCUGGGUGAGAAUGACGGGCUCGGCUCUGCUAAAUGCCGUUGUGCAUAGAAUAACAUUUUGGGAAGCUACCUAAUGCAUAAGCUUUUUAAUGCUGUAAAUUAUAGUAGCUAAAAUUAAAUGCCACUUAACUUUUUCAGAGAUGAAUUCAUGGACAGCCUGGUCAAAAUCAAAGCUUUUUGAUGUAUAAAACUUUAUAAAUGGAACUAUUCCAUCGAUAGGCAAAGUGUAAUGAAAACCUGUCUAGAUGGAUAGUAUGUAAUUUCUGCACAGGUCAUGUUUAGUAAUUACAUCACUGUAUACCGGUCAGGAAUCUUGCUCCAAUAAAGGAACAUAAAGAUUU